AUAUAUAACUCACAUAAAUUAAUUCUUACUGGAGCAUGUAAACAACAUAACUUGUAUAUCCGUGGUGACCGACUGGACAAUACUAAUGAUAUACUUUUUACAAAUGUACAAAAUGAUUUUCUUGGUGCACAAUUUUUAACUGAAACAAAAGAAUCCAAAACAACCUCUUAUCUAAUAAUAACUGGCCAACAGUCCUCUUUAGUAAGAGAGGAUUCGAAUACAAAUAGUGAGAUAGAACCAAUUGAAAAGGAGGAUACAGAUAACCUACCUACUAAAAAAGAAGUAAAACAUAAAGAAACUCCUGCUAGAAGAAUUUUAUACGCUGGUUAUGUUCACUCCUCAAGUAGUGGUACAAAAAAGAGUGGUGAAUGUACAAUAGAAAAUUUAAAUGAAUUAUCCUCUCUUGGAUUUACUGUUAGUCCAACAAAGCUGAUUUUAGAACCAGGAACUGAACAACCGAUUAUAUUCACUUGGACUCCUAAUCCAGAUGUGAGGACGGGAUCGAAUGUGAAGUCAAUUGCUAUAAUCCAGCUUCGAUCUGAUGUGACUAUAAAUCAUCAAGUCUUGUUGAGAGGUGUUUUGUGAAAUCAUCUACAAUUACUCAGCAUUGUCAACCACAUUAACUAAUAAGCAUACUUUUCAUACUCUUAUAACUUUAAAAAUCUUUUUAUUUCAACAACAACAUAUUGAGAUAGAGCAAGAAUAUGUUAUUGAUUAAAUUUUGAUUUCUUUUUAUUUUCUUAUACAGUAAUUUCAUUAAAUCCUCACCAUAAGAUUUGCUCUAAAUCAAAAUUCCCAAUCAUAACUUAACAAAACUGUAGUUUUGUGGGUAAUCGUACACCUAAUAAUUCAGAAAGUUAAAAUAACCAUUUCUAACCAUCUAAGAACUUUUUCUAAUGGGAACAAAGCUUUAGAUUCCUGUAACUUUUAGCACCCAUUGAUUU